GGCCGGAGGUGGGUGGCGGAGGGGGCUUCCGCUGUCAAGGACGACGGGUCGGAGGCAGGGAAUUCCCGCCUGCGUUUCGAGGGCCCGGCGGCCGCGAAUAGCCGCAGUCAGCAGUCGGCCGCGAAUAGCGCGCCACGCCGCAGCAAGUGCCCGCCCGCCCGCCGAACAGCACACCGCGAAGGACUCUCCUGCCUGCACCGUAAUGUGACGUCACAGGUAAUCAGUCGAGGAGUCACCUGCGUCGUCGCCACCGCCUCGGCAGUCUAACAGCGGCGCCGGCAUGUGGACGGCUCUGCUGCUGCUGGCGGCGGCGCUCGCGGCGGCGGCGGCCUGCUGGUUCCUGCGGCGCAGCGCGUCGCACUGGUCACGGCGCGGGCUGCCCUACCUGCGGCCGCACCUGCUGCUCGGCAACGCGGCCGGCGUCGCGCUCAACCGGCAGACCUGCGGCCAGGUGUUCGGCGAGCUGUACGCGCGCCUGCGCGGCCACCCGCUGGCCGGCAUCUUCCUGCUGUGGCAGCCCGCGCUGCUGGUGCGCGACCCCGCCAUCGCGGGCCGCGUGCUCGUCCGAGACUUCGAGUGCUUCCGCGACCGCGGCCACCGCGCCUCCGACCCCAUCCUGCAGGACCUCUUCUUCCUCAAGGGCGACCGCCGCUGGAGGACCCUCAGGGACAGCCUCGAGCCGGGGUUCGGGCCGAAAGGCGCCAGGCACAUGUUCUUCCUGCUGGACGAGAUGGCACAGCGUCUUAUGAAGGUGCUGGAGGCUCCAGCAGAGCGGCUCCUGGAGCUGGACGUCUACGACCAGAUGCACCGUUUCGUCAUCGACACGGUGGGGACGUGCGCCUUCGGCGUCGAGUUCGAAUCGAUGCUGAACUACGACUGCUUCGUCGUGAGGAAGGCGAGGCGCCUGGCCAGCGGCUCUCUGCUCAGAAGGAUCAGAAAGACGCUGGUUCUGGCGGUGCCCGACGCGGCCAGGGCGAUGGGCGUCCGCUUCCUGCGCUCCGGCGACGCCGACGUCUUCCGUUGGCUGACGGCAGAGAUCGUGGCGCACCGCCGCCGCCACAACGUGCGCCGCAACGACCUCAUGCAGCUGCUGAUGGCGCUCGCAGCCAAGGAGGACGCCGAGGACUCACCACAGUCUGACUUCGGCGGCGACAUGCUGGCGUCGCAGGUGAUGAUGCUGCUGAUGCUGGGCCGCCACAAGGUGGCCACCACGCUCGCCUUCUGCCUGCACCAGCUGGCCGUCCACCACGAGGUGCAGACUCGGGCUCGGCUCCAGGUGGACACCGCGCUGCGCAAGCACGGGAAGGAGCUGAGCCUGGAGGUGCUCGCCGACAUGCCCUACCUCGACAUGGUGCUCUCAGAGACGCUGCGGCUGCACCCGCCCUUGUCCAACCUGUCGCGCAGCUGCACGGCGCCCUACACCUUCCCCGGCACGACGCGCCUGGGGGACGGCGCGCUGCACCUGCAGCCGGGCGAGGCGCCGCUGCACAUCCCCAUCUGCGCCCUCCACCGCGACCCCUGCUACUUCCCGCAGCCCGAGCGCUUCGACCCCGAGCGCUUCGGCCCGGACCAGCUGGCGCGCCACACGCCCUUCUCCUACCUGCCCUUCGGCGCGGGCCAGCGCUCGUGUCUCGGGGAGCGGCUUGCCCUCCUGCUGAUGAAGACGACCCUGGCGAGGCUGCUGUCCCGCUACGAGCUUUUCCAAAGCCCGAGAACCGAGUACCCCGCACCCAUAGACCCGCGUCUGCUGAUGCUGCGCCCCAAAGGUGGACUCUGGGUCAAGAUCUCCAACAGGCACUGGCUACCAUGCGACUAAGCGAGAAGAACCUGUCUGUUGCUCUGACUUAUAGUCCUCAUGGUGGAUUUCGUUUUCCAGUUCCAAGAUCGAUUACUCCGUGACUAUAGAUCCACAUCUGCUGACACUGCUUCCCAGAGGUGGGUUGUGAGUCAAGGCAUCCAACAGGCACUAGUUGCCAUAUGCCUAGCAGGUGUGGGAAACUACAUGCAGCUCCUGCUUGUACACCUCAUCGUGGAGCUCAUGUCCCAGCUUCAGAACGAACAACUCAGCGCCCUCAGACUGAUGUCUGCUGGUGCUGCACCACAGAGAUGGCCUGCAGAUCUGGACUUCCAACUGGCUGACCUGAGAUUAAGUAGGCCAGAAGCUUACCUGGUGCUCCCAAUCAUAACUCUUGUAGUGGAUCUCCUUACACAGCACCGUUACCGACUACUCAGUGCUCUCAGAAUCGUACUUGCUGACUCUCCAACACAGCAAUGGGCUAUGGGUCACGAUUUCCUGUGACAUCUGCAGAUCUGCCCUGAGACUAAGCCGUGUAGGAGCCUACCUGGUUUCUUCAUACACCUGCUGGUUGAUUUUGUUUCCCAAAUCCAACAGCGACCUCUGAUGCUGAUAAACCCAUGUCUGCUGGUGCUGUACCCCAGAAGUGCGUUAGGGGCUAAGACCUCCUAAAAUCACUGGUUCUCUUGUGAAAAGCAGGUGUGUGUAAAUAUACAAACAGCUGUCAGUCGUAUCCCUCAGGACGAUCUCAUUCUGCAGUCUCAACCACCCAGUGGGCCUUGAUCCAAAACAUUCUUGUGCUGCAUCCCAGAGGUGGGCAGUGGGUCAAGAUCUCCAAUGGGCAUUGGCUGCCCUGAAUAUCAGUGAGAUGGAGUCCUACCUGGUGUUUCCUUGGUAGACCUUGUUGCCUAAUCCCAGAGAUUACUUGGCAUCCACAGACCUGUAUCUGCCGAUGGUGCACCUCAGAGGUGAGGGAUCGGUCAGGAUCUCCAAUAGUCAGUGGCUGCAUUGUGACUAGCAAGCAUAGGCUAUUAUAUGCACUUCCUAGCAGUGGAUAUACUGAUUCCCAGCCCAUAGACCCACACCUGCUGAUGCUGCAACUCGCAGACGAGCUCUGGAUUUGCUCUCCAGCAGACAAUGGCCGCCUGAAAGCUAAGCAAUGCUGGAACGUACCUGGUGUUCCCAAUUAUAUCCCGCAUGGUGGAUUUCAAUACUCAGGACUGCUCUUAGACUAGCAGGUGCUGAACCCCACCUGUUUCAGCUGGUAUCUCAUCUUCUUCAGGAAUUCAAAGUGAUUCAGAAUCAAGAUGUGUUGUGCUCACUGCAAAAGACAUGAACUCAUGUAGCAAUGUUAUUUUUGCUGUUGUCAUCUGUGCUAUAAAAUGCUCUACAGCUGCGCUUCACAUUAUAUUGUCUGGCAUAUUAAGGUGUUCCGAGCAGAAUAUUUAUUAUUUUCACUCUGUCACUGGGUAGACAUUAUGGGAAAAAUAAAGGUGGUACAUGUAAAGCA